AGACCGAAGCAGGCGCAUGAAGCUGCUGCAAGAUGGGCAGGACUCAAGAGGCAGCAGAAGGAUAGCGUGAGCCACGGGCUGCCAAGGUAUGAACGUCGAAUGUUUGUGACCCACAAGAUAAUUGUGCACGGGAAGGAGAGAGGCAGGCAAAGGCUGCAUGCAGUGUUGAAUCCAUCCUCACACAAUGGAGUUAUACUGCAGGAAGAGGAAGGAAAUGGUGGGCAGGGAAAAUAAAGUGGCUAUGACCUGCUGUGUGUUCCAGGAGGAAAGGGUGUUAUAAGGGGAGGGUUGGCAGAGAAGCUUCCAAGUUCUGCUGCCUUGAAGGAUGUUAUUUUGACCAACCCUCUCUGCCUCUCCUCCUCCUUUGUGCCUCCAGCUAGGGAAGGAAAGGAAGGCUUUGUCUCUGAUCUGGAAUGAUAUUCUUUGCAAGCCCUUGAGGGGAAGGUGGAAGGAAGGAAGAAAUCUUCAGGAGCACACAUUUCGCUGAAGACUCUGCAGUGAAAUCAUGAGGACUCCACAGCAGGUAGUACAAAAGCCAGCUUUCCUCUCUUUCUGUGCUUUUAUUAUUUUUAUCCAAUUGCAUUUCCUCUUCUGUUUGCGUAUUUUCCCAGCUGGUACAUGUCUACGUGCUCCAAAAUAACUUGGGUCAGGGGUUAAAAUGGCCUUUCCUAGACUUCUGACAUUAAGAUUUUACGUUGCGAGUUUUGGAAUGCAGAAUUUGAAAUUUCAAAAUGGUAUUUGUUUUCAGCAUCCCGAUCCACAGGUCAAUAAUGAAUUUUGUGUGUUUUCAAUGCCAGGCCCAGCUUUUUAGGACAGAUUAAUUAAUGAUUAAGAUGGUAGUGCAUUUAAGCAUGUACAGAAUGCCGUUCCACCCCUCUGGGUCAUCUACAGCCAUACUAGGCCAGAUGCCUCUCUUUUUAGAAAUUAAGCGAUGGGUAUUCUGAGAUGCGGAUGCGGAUAUAUGGGAUGCGGAUGGCGCUGUGGGUUAAACCACAGAGCUUAGGACUUGCCGAUCAGAAGGUCGGCGGUUCGAAUCCCCGCAACGGGGUGAGCUCCCGUUGCUCGGUCCCUGCUCCUGCCAACCUAGCAGUUCGAAAGCACCCUUAAGUGCAAGUAGAUAAAUAGGUACCACUCCAGCAGGAAGGUAAACGGCGUUCCUGUGCGCUGCUCUGGUUCGCCAGAAGCAGCUUAGUCAUGCUGGCCACAUGUACGCCGGCUCCCUCGGCCAAUAAAGCGAGAUGAGCGCAGCAACCCCAGAGUCGGCCACGACCGGGCCUAUUGGUCAGGGGUCCCUUUACCUUUACCUUUUAUUCUUAUAAUAGUUUUGCUCCAAGAGAUAUAUGGAUGCAAUGUUUUCUUUACUUUUUUAAAAAGUUGCCACUUUUUGUUGAUGCACCUGUGCAGUCAUUAUAGAGUACAGUGGUACCUCAGGUUACAUACACUUGAGGUUACAGACGCUUCAGGUUACAGACUCUGCUAACCCAGAAAUAUUACCUCGGAUUAAGAACUUUGCUUCAGGAUGAGAACAGAAAUCGUGUUCCGGUGGCGCGGCAGCAGCGGGAGGCCCCAUUAGCUAAAGUGGUGCUUCAGGUUAAGAACAGUUUCAGGUUAAGAACGGACCUCCGGAACGAAUUAAGUACUUAACCCGAGGUACCGCUGUAGUCUAUUAAGUUUCUUUAUGUCCUAGUUUUCCAAAGAUUUGAUUUAUGUCAUAGAUAUACUCCAACUGUCCCUGUUUAUCUUGUUUCCUGGUACCAGUCUCUCGUAGAAGGCUAUAACUCUUUUUCCGUUUGGGAAGAUGCCAGAAAUACCUUUUAACAAUUUUGUUAGCAGGCACACACAUGCACUAGAGUUUUUCAGGUUGAGCCUGCUUUCCCAGGUUCCUUGAUGUUAGAUAUUUGAGUGGUGGGAGAGAUGCAUCUUGACUCUGUACAUGUUCUCACACAUGCACACAUACAUGGUUACAAAAUUCCAGUGUCCUGCCUCCCACCCUACAAAGUAGGGUCUUAUCUGGACAGUAAAUAUUGUUGCUUUUUAUAUGGUAUUGCCAGAUGAUCCACGGUGGAUUGUAUUGGAUAUUAAAUAUUGCAUUAAAUGUCUUUGCAUUUUAAAAUGCAACUUUCAGAAUAAAAGAUGGAAAUUCCAAAACGCGCAAUUGCGGGAGAGAGAGAGCUCAGGCAGCGAUCCUUGGGUAUGAGAAUGGGGUUUUAGAGAUUCAUAAGGGUAUCCAUAUUUUCUUCUUUGGAAAUGUUGCAGGGCGAGUAUGAAAAAACUGCAAGUUGCAACCCAAGGUAAGUUCUGGAAGUCUUGAAAUCAUUCAGAUCUCUGUUGGGGCUGUCUGCAGUGCACUUGGGCAUUGCCGAUAUUCUGGAGCUAUUUAUUUCUCCAAACAAGUGAAGGUACAGAAUGGGUCACAUACGGGAAACAUAAUUUUUACAUGAAUUUGGACUUUUCUUCCUUAAAUAAAAAAAAUGUAAGAAUGUCACUGUGCACCCCCCACCCACCCACCCACUGGGUUUGUAGUGCCUUAUCACAAUUCUGGAUUUGCAUGAAGUCAAGGAGGGGUUGGGGAGGAAAAAUCAAUGCAGUUUGCACAACAACAAACUAUUGCAUGGGAAUGAGAAGAAAAGACCUUGAGAGGGGAAAAGUGGUUGUUUAAAACAAGGGCGGAGGUUUGAAUGAAGCAGAGGUGAUGAUGAUGAUGAUGAUGAUGAUGAUGAUGAUAUAUUGUUCUAAAAAGAGAUGUUCCAAACACUGUAAGCAUUCAUGUAAGCAUUUUCAUGAAUACAUUCUAUGUGAUGUGAAGAGAAGAGCACAACCACAUCCCCUAAGUGAGAAGUGAUGGCUCUGUUUUCAUAUACUUUUUUUCUUGUUAUUUCAGGCCUAUGAGGACUCAGGAGAGGUUGUGAAAAGACAUCAGAAAGCCAAAAUCAUGUUCCUUUGUGCUCUGCUGUUCAUCGCUUUCCUUGGCCUCCUGCUAGUCAUUAUCUUCACUGCUGUUACACGUAACCUAGGUACUAGAAUACUCCUUCCCUAUGACUUACUCUUUUCUGGCUGAGAGGCAGUGUGGUGUAGUGGUUAAGAGCGGUAGUCUCGUAAUCUGGGGAACCGGGUUCGCAUCUCCGCUCCUCCACAUGCAGCUGCUGGGUGACCUUGGGCUAGUCACACUUCUUUGAAGUCUCUCAGCCCCACUCACCUCACAGAGUGUUUGUUGUGGGGGAGGAAGGGAAAAGAGAAUGUUAGCCGCUUUGAGACUCCUUAAAGGGAGUGAAAGGCAGGAUAUCAAAUCCAAACUACUCCUCCUCCUCCUCUUCUUCUUCUUCUUCUUCUUCUUCUUCUUCUUCUUCUUCUUCCUCUUCUUGUCCAUAUGAGGGAUUUCCCCUUAUCACUUGUUCACUCCCUUUGAAAUGUAGGCAGCCAAUGGCUGGGACCAGUGGCUGUGUCCACAUGUAUGCUAAACCAUGGUUUUAGCACAGUGUUGGGGAAGCCAUCCAGAAGUCGUUGGACUACAACACCCAUCACACCUGACCAUUGGCCCUGCUGGCUGGGGCUGAUGGAAAUUGGAGUGUAACUGCAUAGUUCCUCAACCCUAAUUUAGUGCUAUGUUGACAAGUCAGCACAAGCCCGAGCAAAACAUCGAUUUUGCACACUCCCCUGUCCUCCCUACGGCCGUUGCCUAUUCCCUGCUAAACGUUGUCUCUACAUUUCUCUAGAAACAUGCAACACUACAACAUGCCUUGCGUUCCUGCUGAGGUUGCUGAAUUCCCACAACAACACCAUUGAUCCCUGUGACGAUUUCUACAGCUACACUUGUGGCAACUGGGAAGCUAACCAUACGCAGGGGCUAAACAUGCCGUUGGUGAAUGUCUUUGAUGUGCUCUUGGAAGAAAACCAGCUGAUCAUGAGGCGGCUCUUAGGUAAGGAGAAGAGACAGAUGGUGGCUGCUGUGUUCGGAAUCCUUUACUAUUGUGGCGGGGGGUGAGGAACCUAUUCCAAUAAGACGUGUCAAGACAUCAUCCAUCACAAGAACACAUAUGCACCACUAGCACUAAUAAUGUUCACCCUGUGCCAUCACAAGAAGGUUCAUCCAACUGGUGCAUCUAUCCAUCAUUAAAAGAACCAUACCUUGCGCAGAACCAUUUCAGAUGUUAACUUUUGAUGUGGUAAUGCCACCACUAGAUAACAUUUUCCUGCUGUUUCGAUGUGCUGAACCAAAAUGUACUUUAAGGGGAAGGGGGGUUGUUUUUAAUAUAUACUGAGCACAUGUGACUAUACAUGCCCAUAUAUCUAUUCCUUUUAAUUCCUGCUUAUAUUGAUUCCUCCUGCCCCCUUCCCUCCCCCUGAUGUCUUCCUCACUGUCAAAAGUUAUAUUGCAUGUUUUGCGGUUUAGGGACUUGUCCUUUUUUAAUCAUGGAACUGUGCAAAGUGUUGUCCACGUUGAUUGCACUAUUCUAAGUAAACGGCUAGAGUUCUUAUAGCUAAUAAGAAAUUGCUAAUUAGUUCUACACUACAUUUGAAAUUCAGCCCUAUCUUUACCACCCACUGCAUUCUGGUCCUCGUUGCCCUUUUAGCACUGUCAGGUCACAAAACUACAGGGACAGUAGAAGCCACAAGUGGCAAAAUUCCCCAUCAGGGUCUAGACUUCAGAACUAGCAAUGACACGUCCCCAUACCUUCCUAUUGCCUUCUUGCCAGUGUAGUAUGCAGCCCAUCUUUGCUAUAUAUACUAUAUAAAGGUAAAGGUAAAGGGACGCCUGACCAUUAGGUCCAGUCGUGACCGACUCUGGGGUGGCGGCGCUCAUCUCGCUUUACUGGCUGAGGGAGCCGGCGUACAGCUUCCGGGUCAUGUGGCCAGCAUGACUAAGCCGCUUCUGGCAAACCAGAGCAGCGCACGGAACAACAGGACAGAGCAACAGGAGCUCACCCCAUCACGGGGAUUCGAACCGCUGACCUUCUGAUCGGCAAGUCCUAGGCUCUGUGGUUUAACCCACAGCGCCACCCACGUCCCUUUGUAUACUAUAUAGACAGAGGCAAAAGAAAGACUGGCCAAGAAGCAGGAUGACUAAGAGCGGCAUUGGUUCUGCCUCUUGAUCAAACUGCCAGCAUUGCUGUUUCACUGCGCAUUUUAUCUUCUGCCAUCUCCAGGUUAAUUUGCUCUGCUUAUUAACUUCCAACCGUUUUUUGUGUGUUACCUGCCUUCUCUUCCUCAGAAGAGCCACACCUGGGGUUUAACAGCUCAGCAAAGGAGAAAGCCGUACAGUUUUACACCUCUUGCAUGAAUACAGAACAGAUUGAAGCUCAAGGUGCUCAGCCUUUGGAGGAGCUCAUAGAUAAGGUGAUGACUGCACACAGAUGUGCACAUAUGCCCCUGCACUUGCACAGAUAUGUCCUUGAACAUAUCUAGGCCCAUCCUCUUCCUACCAGCAGUAGAAUAAAACAACAAGUAAGUUGGAUAAGCUCAACUCAUAAACAACCUGCAUCUCACGUCACUAAUGAGCCGAUGAUUGUUUGGUAGGUUGUAUCAAUACAGUAGUACCUCAGGUUAUGAACAUAAUUCAUUCCGGAGGUCCGUUCUUAACCUGAAACUGUUCUUAACCUGAGGCAUGCUUUUGCUAAUGGGGCCUCCGCUGCCACUACGCUGCCGGUGCAUGAUUUCUGUUCUCAUCCUGGGGCAAAGUUCUCAGCCCAACACACUACUUCCAGGUUAGCGAAGUUUGUAACCUGAAGUGUUUGUAACCCGAAGCGUUUGUAACCCGAGGUACCACUGUAUUCGUUUUUGGCAUGUAUCCAUAAAACACCAGCAUUUCUUACAAUGUGCCCUAUCCUAUCUUUCUACCCUUAUUUCCUGUUAUAUCUCAAGUUGAGGCUAAUACACCUUUUGGCUUUUGCUCUCAUUUGUCCUUGUUACCUUUAUCUCUUCCCCUCCUUCAGCGCCUCCCACUACUGAAAUUUAGAUUGCAGGACCUUUGGGAAAGGAUUUCUCAAGUUUGGGUUUUUGCUAAUCUGCAAAGUGCCAUUCACAUUGAUGGUGCUAUACUGUAGGAAUCACAAAUCUUACUCUCUUUUUCUGUAACUGAUAAAGUGAUCAUAACGUUCACAUCACUCAAACAUUGAUUCCUCAUCCAUCACUCAGGUGGAAUUUAUUCGAAAUUUUGAAAAACAAAACCCAACUCUCUCAUUUUGUCUUUGCUCAGAUUGGUGGCUGGAAUAUCACAGGAACCUGGAAGGAGACAGAUUUUAACCAGACUCUUCAGAUACUCAUGGGAAAAUACAAUACGUUCCCUUUCUUCAAAGCCUAUGUGGGACCCAAUGCUUCUGAUCCAAGCACCAAUAUUAUCCAGGUAGGGAACACCAGCAGGCAAAAGUUAGUUGUCAGAGUUGGAUCAUGAGAAAUGCAGUCAUACUGGGGAGCAUUUUAAGAAAGUUUGCUGCCUGAAAUCCUGCAGAGCUGCUGCCAGUCAGUGCAUGCUGUGGGUGGGCAGAGUUCUGGAUCUGUUUUGUGUUUUGAGAAUCCACAAAUCUACCAAACUGAGCCAAGUGCAAAAGACACAGAGCUAGAAUUAAAGAACAAGGCACCACUGACUGGUCAUAUUCAGAGUCUAGCUCUUUGUUUUUAGUACCCAAGUUGAACUGAGCCCACAAGCCUUUCACCCAACACUCUACUCCUGGUUAGCUGCCUUCAUUUCAGCAGCCUUGUUUAGCCUUUAAACAACUGCGAAUCAGAAACCAAUGAGCAGGUCCAGAGCUGUCUACCUUUUGGUGCUGUCCAAUACACAGCGAAGCAUACAGAGCACUGGGAAAGUACACGUUGUGGUACAAUUUGGACUUGAGUUGAUAAGGGAGCACUGGGGCAGAUCCCACUGUAUACGUGUGUGCAAUGUGCAUACAUAUCAAAUGGCCACCUGUGCAAAUGCAAUUAAAAACAGCAUGCGCUGACAUGGUAGACAUUUGCUGCGGGCCCUGCUGUUUCCAUUGGAGGGAUUUCCAUAGAGUUCAAUAUUCACCGUAUUCCCCUCCCCUUAGGAGUUGCAACUCUGGCAUCAUUAAACCCCCACAAUCUUCUGGCUAUUGGUUUUUUUUGUUACCCAUCUAUAAUGACACUCAUAUUUAUUCUGUCCAUGUCUUCCUAUCUCAGAUUGACCAUCCAGAGUUUGAGCUGCCUCCAGAAACACAGUUCAAGAAAAAAGGGACUUAUUCCCAGGUAAAAAGUCCUACAUGACAGUUGGGUCACUGGUGGAGCAUUUCCACAGCCAGUCUUCAUUGGUGUUGUAUGAGAAACCAUUAUUUGGAAAGUUAUGGAACUGCUGAGAAUUGAGGAAGUGUAUUUGCAUGUGCAAACAUAUCCUGUGGGCAUGGACGUAGCCAGGGUUUUUUUUGGGGGGGGGACAGGCCUUUUGUUAUGGGGGGGCAGAACCUCAGGAGGAGCGCCUCCACCCCCAUCGUUCAGCCCAGACACCGAGGUCCAGCUCCGAGGGCCUUCUGGUGGUUCCCUCUCUGUGAGAAGUGAGUUUACAGGGAACCAGGCAGAGGGCCUUCUUGGUAGUGGCGCCCUCCCUGUGGAACACCCUCCCAUCAGAUGUCAAGGAAAUAAAGAACACAAAACUUUUAGAAGACAUCUGAAGGCAGCCCUGUUUAUGGAAGUUUUUAAUGUUUGAUGUUUUAUCGUGUUUUUAAUAUUUUGUUGGGAGCCACCCAAUAUUAUUAUUAUUAUUGAUUUAGGGUGGCAGCUGCCCCUCCCUGCCCCCCUUGGCUAUGCCCAUGCCUGUGUGCCAGGGCUGCUAGUCUGGAGAUAAAUAGAAAUUCAAAAAGCAGCACAUAUGGGGAAAUCAGGCCAGAGUUUGGCCUUUACAGGACCAAAUAGAACUGGAUCAGCUGGGGGUGUCACCUGGUGGAUCUUGUAUCUUCAGUGCCAUCUUCUGGCCAUCAGCUGUGGCAGUGCUUGAAGAGCAGGAGGUGGGAUUCUAGCUGCUCAUCAUUUAACAGGUUGACCUUGCGGCACAGAAGAUAAGAUGCUGGGGUCCCACUGCUAGGAACUUGGUUUCAGACCCCAGGCUACAUAUGCUAUAUUAUUAUCGAUUUAGUUUUACCCUGAUGGGACUCAAGGCAAUUUACAGAUAUAAACAAGAUAGAAAAAUCCAUCGUUAAAAUGCAAUUAAACACUGGCAGAAUUUAAACUAUAUACAUCUAUAAAAUCUGUUUAAAACAUAUCAAUAAUGACAAUUAAAAACAGCACAGCACUCGCCCUGAAAUUAAAUGAAGCCAAUUCUCAAAAGUCUGGUGGAACAAGGAAGUCUCUUCGGCUGUCUAGCUUCUCUAGGGAGGGAGUUCCAAAUUCUGGGAGCAGCUAUGUUCCCUCUCUUGUGACCCCCCCCCCCAAAGCAUGUCUGGGAGGGUUGCGGGACCAAGAGAGCGGCCUCCCCUGAAGAUCUCAAAACCUAGGUAGCUUUGUAUGCAGGAAUAUGGUCUUUCAAGUAGCUUGGAACUAAGCUGUGUAGGAUUUUAUAGGUCACAACCUUCCCUUUGAAUUGCACCUGGAAACAGACGGGUAGCCAGUGAAGCUGUUCUCACAAGGGAGUUGUAUGCUCCCUAUAACCAGCCCCGUCCAACAAUGUGACUGCAGCUCUUUGCACUGGUUGAAGUUUCUGAGCACUUUUCAAGGGCAGCCCCACAUAGAGCACAUUACAGUAAUCCAAACAUGGUGUAACUAGAAGGCAUGUGUCACCUUCCAAUGUCUGCAUUGAUUCAAAUAAUCUUGGCCAGAGAAACCUACAUUAUAUUUAAAAGUGCUUAAUCUUAAGUAUAAGGGACGCGGGUGGCGCUGUGGGUUAAACCACAGAGCCUAGGACUUGCUGAUCAGAAGGUCGGCGGUUCGAAUCCCUGCAACGGGGUGAGCUCCCGUUGCUCAGUCCCAGCUCCUACCAACCUAGCAUUUCGAAAGCAUGUCAAAGUGCAAGUAGAUAAAUAGGUACCACUCCGGCGGGAAGGUAAACGGCGUUUCCGUGCGCUGCUCUGGUUCGCCAGAAGCGGCUUAGUCAUGCUGGCCACAUGACCCGGAAGCUGUAUGCCGGCUCCCUCGGCCAGUAAAGCGAGAUGAGCACAGCAACCCCAGAGUCGGUCACGACUGGACCUAAUGGUCAGGGGUCCCUUUACCUUUAAUCUUAAGUAUGGGUUGAGUUCAAGGAUAGUGGAUAGUAAAGGUGGAUAGUAAAGGGGCCUAGGGAGGGGUAGGAGAUAUCUGAAGAGUUUUAUACUUUGGUCUAAUGGGUCAAAUGCCUCAGAGAUGGAGAUUCUGUUUGACAGCAAGGUUUCGUUUACAGGUUCUGCGUUUGUACUUCCAGUACCUCACAAAGCUAGGACACCUGAUGGGAGGGCGUACAGACGUUACCACCACUUACAUCGCCUUGGCAUUCUCCUUUAUCUCCAACCUCCAGAAGGCAGUUACGCCCUUGAAGAUGCGAAAGGAAAAACGGAUGCUAUUUUACUCCACUACCAUCAAGGAGCUGCAGGUAUAUAUACAUCCUGCAGCCAUGCAUGGCGCUGUGGUCUAAACCACUGAGCCUCUUGGGCUUGCCGAUCAGAAGGUUGGCCGUUCGAAUCCCCGCGACGGGGUGAGCUCUGUCUCAGCUCCUACCAACCUAGCAGUUCGAAAGCACGCCAGUGCAAGUAGACAAAUAGGUACCACUGCAGCGGGAAGGUAGACAGCAUUUCCGUGCACUCUGGCUUCCUCCACAGUGUCCCAUUGUGCCAGAAGUGGUUUAGUCAUGCUGGCCACAUGUCCCAGAAAGCUGUCUGUGGACAAACACUGGCUCCCUUGGCCUGAAAGCGAGAUGAGCACCGCACCCCAUAAUCUCCUUUGACUGGACUUAACCAUCCUUUACCUUUUACCUUUUAGUGGAGAAUAACAAAUAUGUCAGGUGGUAUUCACCUAACAAGUCCCAUCAACAGAUACUGUACCCUGCACAAGAAUGUCUGGUUGCACAAUGCGACUUUCUCUUCAUGUAUCCCAGUGCCCCCAAAACUGGCUUGCUGUAUGUGUGUCCGGAGAACUCCAGAACAGUACGUGGGGGGGAGAGGGUAACAUUCAAUCUGGCAAGCUGAAUUUCUAAUGGCACAUUCAGCACAGUGUGUUGUUGAAUCCCUCCCAUCCAGUUCAUCAUGGAGAUCUGAUGAAGGCUGCCCUUACAGGACAUACUGGUCUUUCCCCCCCUGAAAUGGUUCCUUUUUUUGUUGUUCAUGAGUAAUCUACCGUAUUUUUUGCUCCAUAGGACGCACCUUGUUUUAGAGGGGGAGUACAAGAAAAAAAAAUCUCCCCCUCUCUGCUCAGCGCCCCUUCAGCGAAGCGGCAGGAGAAACGGAGCCCCUUCCAUUUCUCCUCCCGCUAGGCUGAAGGGGCGCUGCACAUCUCUCUCUCUCUGCUGAAGCCAGGAGAGUCUUGGUCUCCCGGCUUCAGCGAAACGAACCUGAAGCCUCCGGAGCGCAGCGGGAACUCGCGCUGCGCUCCGAAGGCUUCAGGCGGCUAUCCCUGAAGCCUGGAGAGCGAGAGGGGUUGGUGCGCACCGACCCCUCUCGCUCUCCAGGCUUCAGCGAAAGCAACGCGAAGCCUCCGGAGCGCGGAGGGAGCACUCCCUCUGCACUUCGGAGGCUUUGCGUUGCUAUCGCUGAAGCCAAGGAGCCUGCAUUCACUCCAUAGGACGCACACACAUUUCCCUUUAAUUUUUGGAGGGGAAAAAGUGCGUCCUAUAGAGUGAAAAAUACGGUAUAUUAUAAUGCACUAGGAGGUUUUUGAAAUGCCUGACAGUGAUCAGUUGAGUCUUCUUUAUAUCAUAGAGAGGCAGGCUAAGUAGAAGGGUGCCUGGUUGCCACGGAAGGAGAAAGAGAAGAAACAUGGGUCUGGGAAAAGGAGGAGUCAGAGGCAGCCUUCAUUCGAAAAACUGGAGUUAAGAGGCAUACAGUCAGUGGAGGAGUACUACUGCCUUCAUGCCUCUCUUGUGGGUUUCCCAGAGGCAUCUAGCUGGCCACUUCUAGACUAGAAGGAUCUUUGCUCUGCUCCAGCAAGUUUCUUUUGGUUUUGCACUCAUUAUACAGUAAGCCUGCGACUUACGUGCAUUUAACUUGUGCGCAUUCAGCUUUAUGCAUAUAGCAAAAUAAAUAAAUAAAUAAAUAAAUAAAUAAGGGGGUGGGAUGUGGGCUGGGUUCUGGCAAAGAUGACUUUGGCAAUCCUGCCUGCCAUUGAACCCAGUGAGCUUUGACUAUAUGCGAUUUUGGCUUUAGGCACAAUCCUUGGAGGCUAACCCUCGCGUAAGUUAUAGACCUACAGCAUCUUACUGAGACACUUCCCAAUAAGAUUUUCAUGUUCUAGUUGCGAGGGUUGGGUGGGUGCUUUCUAUUUUAUGGGCUUCAUCCAACUAAAUUCUACUUACAGUAGAGUAGACCCAUUAAUGGGCCUGAGUUCGUCAUUUCCAUGCACUUCAUGGGUCUCCUCUGAGUAGAUUUCCGUUUACCUCUCCCAUUUGCCCCUACAAGGAAGAAUGCACUAUUGAACGUUCACAUCAACACGGGCAUAGGAUCUGAUUGCCCAUUCCAGUGCAUGGCAUGUUCUUCAUUCAUCCAUCCACAGUGUGAGCCUUUCACUUCAAAAACCAUUACUAAGCAAUGCUUACUGGGCAUUUUGUAAUUCUUUCCCCCCGUAAAAUCAUUUAAUUCUGUUUGAAACUCUUUUAAGGAAAAGGCUCCUGCCAUUGAUUGGCUGUUGUGCCUCCAGGCUGCUUUCUACCCGGUGCAGCUGAACAUGUCUCAACCAGUUGCUGUGCAUGACAUGGAAUAUUUGAAAGGGAUGUCGCAACUAAUUGGAGAAUGGCGGCACAAAAGGUGAGGAGCUGGUGUGUGGUACUACACAGUGGUGUGCAGUGAUUUUUUUUGGUAAGGGAAUAGUUAGGGCCAGAAGUACUUAAAACCCAUUCUCUUAGGGUUCUAUUUUUUUGGAAAAAGAGGUGCUGGAGCUCACCACGAACUUCUCCCUCCUUCUCUUAGAAUGGCAAUGGCAUUCUGGAGGUGCUGGAGCUGAGCUCUGGCUGAAAAAAGCUCUUCUCAUACCUGUGCCUUCUUAUUCUUGCACAUUUGAAAUGCACCUGUGAUGAAGUGAACCGCACACGUUCUAUUUUAUUUUUUAUUUUUUUUGCAGGGAUGUACUACAGAUCUACAUGAUACUCUAUCUGGUUAGGAAUCUGUCCCCAGCUCUGGACAGACAAUUCGAGGAAGCUCAUCAGGAACUGACAGACAAGUUGAAUAGUAGGGCAACAAACUCAGAAACGGUGAGCUUAGUUCCCUUAUCUCUCACAUUUUAACAGUGAGAUGGAAGUUCCGCUUAGAAACUUCCACUUGGGCAUUAGGGGGCAUUGGCGCUCAAGGAAGGGACGAAAGGCUUAGCCACACUUCCUGUUGUCCCACUGCUUUUCUCCAGGGAAAACUGCUCUUUAGUACUCAGUUGGAGCAAACAGCAAUUUCGGUUUUUCCAGAUAGAUGUUUGCUCCAGUUAGCACUAAGGAGCAGGUUUUUGCUCAGAAAGGGGCAGGGCAAGGGGAAAACUGCUUGGACCCAUGUCUUAAAAGUGUGCGUCAAGCAGAAAACCACCUGGACCCAUGCUUUCUAGGGACGACAAAAGCGGAUGUGUGGAGAAGCCCCAAAUGCAGAACUUUUCAAGGAACCGAGGAUCAUGGGUUGAAUGGGGCCACAGAAGUGUGUGUGUGUGCAUACAUACAAGGGGGGAGGGGGCAUUUUUGAUUCAGCAUUUGCUCUCGUUUUCCCAAGCUAGAUAUUUUAAUGUCAGCGUUGUAGGGGCAUGGACAGCUGCAGCAGACUCUUGGGUAGCUCUUAUUCAUCUUUGGACUUAUUCAGGAGAGCUUCCCAGUGAAUUGCGCCAUGUGUCAUCUUUCUUUCUUCCUUCCUUCCUUCCUUCCUUCCUUCCUUCCUUCCUUCCUUCCUUCCUUUCCAUCUUUCCAUUUUAGGUAAGAGCUGAGCGUUGGAGAAAAUGCCUACAUGAGACCAGCAUGUUCUUUGGCCCUAUACUUGGGAAGAUGGUUGUGCAGGAGAUUUUCCCCCAGAAGGCCAAGGAUCUCGUAGGUAUUCAACAAUGCCAGACAUAGAUUUGCUUUCCUUUAUCCUGCUGCCCUUCUCGCCUAAUAUCCUACCUAAGUGCAAUGGCUGCUCUUGACUCUUGACUGAUCUGGGGGGGGGGGGGGGACACAUUCUGGCAGGGGGAAUACCGCUGGAGAGUAAGGAAUUCACAUCCACUACCCAGUAGUGAUGUAUGGAAGUAAAAGCUGGACCAUAAAGAAGGCUGAUCGCCGAAUAAUUGAUGCUUUUGAAUUAUGGUGCUGGAGGAGACUCUUGAGAGUCCCAUGGACUGCAAGAAGAUCAAACCUAUCCAUUCUUAAGGAAAUCAGCUCUGAGCGCUCACUGGAAGGACAGAUCCUGAAGCUGAGGCUCCAAUACUUUGGCCACCUCAUGAGAAGAGAAGACUCCCUGGAAAAGACCCUGAUGUUGGGAAAGAUGGAGGGCACAAGGAGAAGGGGACGACAGAGGACGAGAUGGUUGGACAGUGUUCUCAAAGCUACCAGCAUGAGUUUGACCAAACUGCGGGAGGCAGUGGAAGACAGGAGUGGCUGGCGUGCUCUGGUCCAUGGGGUCAUGAAGAGCUGGACACGACUAAACAACAACAACAAUAACUCUAUGCCAACCAUGGCUUAGGGUCACCUUGAUUACUCUGCUCCCAAGCAACUACAUCUCCCAGUCUUGUUUUUACAGCAUUUCCUUCUCCUUUCCCCUCUGCUUCAAAUCUAUUCUUUAUUUCUAGCUGAGCUUCUACAAUCUCUCCAUCUCCUGGCUGUUUCACCUGGGCUUUGAAAACCUGCCUGGUUUUCUCUGCCCACUCGCAAAUCCCUCCGUGCAUCUCUUAUUGCUUGUUCUGGUGGUUCCUGUAUAACUGAUGCAGGAAAUCUAUGUCUAGAUAAAAUAUCUGUCCACAGCAACGUUAUCCUGAUGUGAGUCAGCUGUGCUACCUUUAUGAGGACAAAGGGAAGUGCACAGUGGGUUCUGCCAUUGUUGGUGGCUCUGGAAGGUUUUAACACUGUGUGGUAUGCCAGGCCAUGUGGGAUGAUAUAGUAUGGUAUGAUGUUGAAUGAUAUUGAAUUGAUGAGGCAGGUUAACAAGCUCAGUAAAACAGGGUUCAUUCCCCCACAGCAGUAGAUAGGUUCUAUGCUUAUGAGAACAUUUUAUUCUUUUGCUAGUUAUGCUGUUUCAAAUGUUCCUUUUAUAUUUGACUUCACUCAGUAAUGCUUUCUUUUGAAAGGUUUAAGAUAAUUUUUUUGUUGACUUUGCUAAAUGUGCAUUCUACAACUGACCUCCUCUGUCGUGGUUUUUAACAAAUGUUUAGGAUAUUUUAGUUUCCUGUUAAUUAUGUUUGAAUGGAUGUUAAUUGUCUUUAAAUGUAUACUUUAUAUCUGACUUUCUUCAGUAAUGCUUUGUUCUGGAUUGUUUUGAUAUUUUAAUUUAGGUUGUAGACUGCUUUGAGAUUGCCCCCCCCCAAAAAAAUAUAAAGCAGCAUAGAAAUUAAAUUAAUAAUAAUAAUGUCAGUGACACAUCAUUUCUAUAGCAAUGCCUUUGGCCAAACCAUAGUUUAGGGUUAUGUGCAAUGGGGAGCCUCAGAAUUAUGGCUCCCCAUUUCCUCUUCCCGUCCAACAUCAAGCUUUUGCUUCCAUUUUGACUAACCACCAUUUUUUGUUAUGUAUGAACCCUGAACUGAUGCUAAUGUUAACUAUGGCUUAGGGAAACCAGACAGGAUCAGAAAUGUUUGGCGCUAGUCAACUUAGUUUUAUUUAGAGUAGACCUGUUGGAAUUAAGAGCCCUAAAUUAGUCAUGUUCAUUUAUUUCCCUGGGUCUGCUCUGAAUAAAACUUAAUUGAAUAUGAUUUAAAGUUAGCUUCCCUCUCCCCCAGAAGAUUAACCACAAUUUGUCCAGGUCUGUAAAUAAUUAUAGUUAUAAUUAUAAUGUUUUUAUUAUUUAUACCCCACCCAUUUGGCUGCGUUUCCCCAGCCACCCUGGGCAGCUUACAGAAUAUAUAAAACAAACAGCAGUUACAUGAAAACUGAAGCAAAAUCUUCCAGUCCUUUCCUCGCAGCUGCAUGGGAAGCUCGUGAACCUGAUGUUUGUGUUGGAAAACAAGCCUUCUUCGGGAGAGACUGGCUCCUCUCCCAGGCUCCCGGCUUGCUUACCGGUGACCUCCCUGGCUGCAAUCCCCGCAAGCCCAGGAUAGGUCUCAAUAGGCGACAUCUCCCAGCAUGGGAAAAUGCACACCCCCUCCCUCCUUGCUUCCCAGCAGGGAAAGGAGAUAGCCAGAUAUCUAUUUACUUCGCUUUAUUUCUGACUUUGCAGCACUACAUAAAACAUGUCCGAUCACUUCAGACUCCUUCCAGCAAGAGACAGAGACUUCCUGUACAUAGGCAAGAGGAAGGUCUCAUAUUACACUCUGAGCAAAUUCCGGUGAAUUGCCCUGUGAACUGACUGUAACACUGUUUCCCACAGACAGCCCCAUCAUGUGAUGUUUUCAAGCUGGCUGUUUGCAGCUGCAUUGCUCUCAUAUUGUAACAGUUUGUUCAUGUAACACUAAACUAUGGUGUAGCAUUAUGUCUAAAUGCAACUGAUGUGUUUCCUUAAUCGUGUGAUUUCCGUACUUUCUCUGGCCAGGCUGAGCAGAUGUUCUCUGAGAUCCGAGAUGCCAUCCACAGCCAUCUGGAUCAAGUGGAGUGGAUGGGAAGUCAGGCCCGCCAAGAGGCCAAGGAGAAAGUAUGUAUGUGUGCCUGGAUGGCUAUCAGGACUAAGGUGUGGGUAUGUGGCUUCAUGAGAAUCCAAAUCUGGAGAACAACCGUGUUCUCCAGCUCAAAGUCCUUGAGAUCAGUGGUUGGGCCACAGAUGGAUCCAUGAAUGUAGCAGGCAGAAGGGUUAAUUUACUGACAAGUCAAGAGCUGACCAGGCUCCUAGUAUUUAUACUAGUCCUCACUAGAUGUCUACUAGUCACAGGGACUGAUAUUACAUACUUCCUUUUCUUCAGUAUCUGAGCUUGAAGCUACAUAGCCCUAGAUUGCUCACCAGCCUAAGUUCCAGCAACAGACUCUUAAGGUCUUUGGUUCAAGCCCUACAGUCCUUGACAGAGGUCUGCGUACCUCUGAGCUUGCAUUAUCCACCUUAGUGAAGGGAUAUGGGAGGUGCAUUCUGGACCAGGCCUUGAGUAAUAGUCACAUAUCUAAAUCUCAGGAGGAAGAAUUUGUUUACAUUCCACAUUCAUUGUCAGGGACUGGACUGAAGAGGAGGAGGAAUGGUGGAGAUCGCCCUCCCCUUCUCUUGUAGCUUCCAGAGACGGGGAAAGCAGUAUCAAAUUACAGUAGGGCUCUGAGGAAGAUCACAGCUCAAACACAAGCAAACAGCAGAGUUAUGAGGUGUUAGGAGAAGGGGAAGGCAGAGCAAGCCAGCUGACACGUCACUGGAAAGCAUAACUGACCCCCUUCUCCCAGAACGCAGCAUUCGUUAAGAGUGCAGAACGCGGCGUUCGUUAAUUGGGAAUGACUGGAUUUCUUUGUCUCCCACCGUGAUGACUGAAUAAACUCAUUAGUGUUAAGUUGUGGGUGAACAUAUCAGACGACACAGCGAUUCUUCAAACAGCUCUUGUUUAUUCACAGGCCAGAACAGAACUGAACUGAAGGGUUCAGCCAGCCUGCUUAUAUAGAGCUCCACUAGAACGCAACAGUAACCAUUUUCUGUAACUAUCCAAUCCCUGAACGUCACUUUCAAUCCCUUAUUUGCAUAUGUGGACCUGAGUGAAAACUCUCUACAGUAUCCCCCUGCUGGCCCAGGGUGAGAACUUCAGUACAUAACAAUUAGGAAGGACUAUCUUUGUUUCCUCCCUGCUUCUUGCUUCCACUGGGAGAGGGAGAGAAUUCCCCAAGCUUACAUUCAUAAUUUAUAUAUUAAAUUAAUUUAUAUAUUUUAUAUAUAUUAAAUUAAUAUAUAAUUUAAAAGGUGCCACUGGAUGUUCAAAGCAAAACAACAUCAGUCCUCUUGAUAAUUUUCUUGUCUUUUUAGAUUUAUAGCCUCCAGGUGGAGAUUGGCUACCCAGAGAGCAUCCUCCAAACAGAUGAAGUUAACAAUGAGUAUCAAGAGGUGGGUGGAUCAAACAUUGCUUGCAGUUCCAUGGUAUUGCCUCCUGAAAGAUGGUUCCCGUGGUACAGGAAGGUUUCAGUUUCACUGCCCUGGAACACUGCUUCACGCUUCUCCAGUGACAUUUGAAUCCAGCCUGUGGCUACUGUCUCAUUGGCUCCUCCCCAAGAGAGUUGAGUUUGACAUUUUCCUCAAAUACUCCUCAACCAUUUUUUACUGCGUCUGCCGUACCUUCCCACCCACAUAUACACAGUAGGAUGCUAGCUCUGGGGCACUGGGGGAGGGGGGGUGCAAAAUGGUGGCCAGACUGCCAACACAAUUAGGGGGAAAGAAAGAAGCCAUGUUGCUGCUGCUGCUUCUGCGAGGUCCCCUAGUUAAAGUUUCAAAGCAUCCAGCGCAAGAAAAAGUAGGCAUAUUUUAUUCAUGUGUGGCUGGAUAGGCAUAUUUUAUUCAUGUGUGGCUGGAUACUCCAGGAAUUUACAGUGAAUUUUUGGAAGCUUCAACUAGAGCAUGUUUUUUGCUUAGAUCCUAACAGUCUAGUGAUUGGAGGAUUUUCUCACAGUAUUUGCUUAAAUCAGACAAACAUGAAACCAUAUUCAGACAAGCCUGCCUGAUACACUGCAUACUCAGGUUCCACACUGAAGCAGCUAAUCCGCUUAUUAAUAUUUGCCUUGUGAGUGAAACAUGUUUGCCAGUUUACAAAGCAAUCCAAACCUGCAGUUUGCUGUGCAGGGUAGGAGUUGGACAAGGCAGUGGUGUCCCUCUGUCAGCGGUGUGUGUGUGUGUGUGUGUGUGUGUCUGUGUGUGUCUGUGUGUGUGUCUGUGUGUCUACUACCAUGGAACAACUGACUGUGCCCAUCUAAACUAUUUGAUUGAAGCUACAGCAGGUGAUUUUCCCACUAGCAUAUACUCUGAAAAUGGAGUGUUGAGGGGGGUGGGGGUGGGCUAGUCAAGGAUCUGCUGAAUCCAAAGUCAACCCAGCUGCCUGCAAGUUGUGGAAAUGGGCCCAGUCCAAACCUCUUCAUUGCACCAGCCUGCAGCAAGAGCUGCAAUCCAGAGUUUUCAUCCACUAUGUAAGCUGCCCACCAGGGUUUGGGAUUGUGCCCUCGGGGUGCUAUUAAUCCACAUCAGGUUGUUUUGUCCUUCUUCCGCCUGUCUUUCAGUCACUAUUAUAUUUUAUUAUUGCGUUCCAUCGUUUUAUAUUUUGCCGUAUUUUAAAAUGACUCGUCUACAAUAUAUUCAAUAAACUUUUAGUGCAUUUUUAAUGCACCUGACUUUUACAUUUUGUCUGUAUAUUAAGAGUGCCAAUAAAUUUUGUUCCAUCUCCCCUUCUAAUCCUAUUGCAUGAUUUUUCCUUCAGCUGGAGAUUUAUGAAGAUCACUUCUUCCAUAAUGUAGUUGCCUGCCUGAAGUCUCUGAGGAAGAGAUUCUCCCUGAGACUCAUCAAUCCCCAUCUACAGGAUAAGUAUGUUCUUCUUGUACGACGAAGGAGAGAUUAUGUGAAUGCAAGACAGACAGUGAUUCAUAACAAGGAGAAGUGACUUUGCUCCAUUCAGUCCCUUCACUGUUUUGUGGAUUCACUCCCAUUCUAUGCGUCUUGUUUUAAUAUGGAGAGUUUCAAAAAUUAAUUCCAGGACUAGCACAUCACAAUUUGCUACAGCAUUAAUUAUGCAUCUUUGCACUAAUCCACUAGCACAUAUAUGUGGUAGCAUUGAGAUCUUCUUUACACUGUAAUCGAACCAAUGUACAUGUGCGGUAGCCGGCAAAAUCGUAGUUCAUGCUCUGUGGUCUGAAGAAAGUCCAGCAGAUUGCUAACUCAGUAGUGCAAGAACAAAUAAUUUGGAACUUCCAAAAGCAGCGAAGUCGUUCAGAUAGGGCUCGUUUUAGAAACAUCCCUGAAUCAGAUAUACUUAAUGACUUAACACUUGGUGGCAGGAAGGGGAAUAUGAGAGAGGACUUCAAUGAAAAAUUGUCGCAUAUGAGAUAAUUUCCAGUGAUAUGAAAGCUCCCAUGAUAGCUCAUUCACAAUUGCAACUCAUCCCUUAGUGUUUUGGCUAUAAUGUAAUGAGUGCUUCUCUUUUUGAACCAGUACAGUGGUACCUCGGGAUGUGAACAGGAUCUGUUUGGGAGCCCCGUUCACAUCCUGAACGCAACGUAAGACGCAGCAGCGCAUCUGUGCGUUUGUGGGUCGCGUUUGGCCGCUUCUGCGCAUGACGUCAUUUUGAGCGUCUGUGCAUGCGCGAGCGGCGAAACCCGGAAGCAACGCGCUCCGUUACUUCCGGGUUGCCGCGGAGCGCAACUCGAAUGCGCUCAACCCAAAGCACAUUCAACCCGAGGUAUGACUGUACUACAGUGUUACUACAAAGGUGAGGCCCGUUGAGUAGAUCAGGAGGAACGAGAUAUGGAAUAAAAAUCAUGGUCCAAGUCAUUCCUUCCUUCACCAUCAUCAUUUAUUUUUUUUAAAUGUUCUAUUCCAGUUGGGAAGUUCCCCCGUGGUCUGUUCAUUCAUACUAUUCACUGAGGCGACACGCUGUCGUUUUCCCUGCUGGAAUGUUCCGCAACCCUUUCUUCCAUACUGAAUUUCCCAGGUAAGGACUACGUGGCGCAGAAUUUCUCGCAGAACUGCUGCCCUUCCAUUGCACUAUGCUGCAAAUAGCUGUUUUUAAAAAAACCAAAACCUGCCAAAGCAGUUUGAUCAGAAAGUCUAGAGAGACAGAAAUGUGGGCACAAAUAAUGAUGGCUCUCCCAUGUUUAUCUUCAACAAUCUGAAAAAAACCCCUUAACCUUACUUAGAAUAUGGAGUCCACAGGAAGGAAAACAAAGCCUGCAGCCCUUUGCUGAUGUUUUGCAGGCUUCCCACAUAGACAGCCUGUAGAUUUCAAGCCAUGGAGGUUUCACUAAGCCCUUGUCUUGUGUGUUUUUCAGCGCUGUGAACUUUGGAGCCAUGGGGUUUUUCAUGGCGCACGAACUGCUGCACUCCUUCUACGAUUAUGGUAUGUAGUGGGAGGCAUUGUAGAUAAUCUGCUGCACCUUCAGUUAUUUGAACUUGUGGGGUUUUACUUCCCUAAGUGCCAGAACAACUCAUUAUUGCCCAGCUGUUCUGUGUGCUGAAACCCAAGGCACCAAUUUCUCAACUGCAAAGUGGCUUUGGAAGGAGGCAAUUUUCAUUGGAGAAGUAACAGGCAGGAGGGAGGUGCUUAACCCUUCUCCCAGCAACGCACCCUCAGGUUUUGUCUGCCCCUUCCACCCACCCACCCACAGCCUCCUCUGCUCCAUCCAUGUUUAUUUCUUCACCAAUGUGGACCUGGAACCCUAGCAGUGGGGGAAGUGGCUAGGAGAGGGAAGGGGAGAAAGCAGCUUUCUCCUGGCCAUCGCACAUUGCCCCUUCCCAGUGCUGCUUUGCAAAAGAGAAGCAGUAGCCAAGGCAUAAGUACAUCGGGUAGAUAGCCAGGUAGCAAUUCUUAACCAAAAGUGUAAAAUGCAAACUGAAGUUAAGACAGAAUUUAAAUCUACUGAAAAACCCAGCAAGUUCUGUAUUGACUCCUUUGCCUCCAUUUUAGUUGAAACCCCUCCAUAAUAAUAAUAAUAAUAAUAAUAAUAAUAAUAAUAAUAAUAAUUUAUUUAUACCCCGCCCAUCUGGCUGGGCUUCCCCAGCCACUCGGAGCGGCUUCCAACAAAAUAUUAAAAUACAGUAAUGCAUCAAACAUUAAAAGCUUCCCUAAAGAGGGCUGCCUUCAGAUGUCUUCUAAAAGUCUGGUAGUUGUUGCUCUCUUUGACACCUGGUGGGAGGGCGUUCCACAGGGCGGGUGCCACUACCGAGAAGGCCCUCUGCCUGGUUCCCUGUAACGUGGCUUCUUGCAGUGAGGGAACUGCCAGAAGGCCCUCGGCGCUGGACCUCGGUGUCUGGGUAGAAGCAAUCCAGCUCAUGUCCCAAUCCUUAACCCAUCCUCAGGCACAUUUAAAGCUGCCCUAUUUUGGUACUCACAACCACCUCAAUUAAAUGGAGGAACAAAAAUAGGAUGAAUGAGAUCCUCCCCCCCCCCGGCAUCUUCCAUUUUUGAUGAUGUCAUAAUAACUGAGCUCUGAAUGGUAAAUGGUUUGCGUAGACUCUAUAUUUGUAGAGGCCCAAGGAGAAACGAAGUCUGGCCUUGACUUGUUUGUAACCACAUAGAUGAUACAGUCGCCCCCCCCCCCUUUUUUAGGGACUGUAGAGUACAGAGCUUAUACAUGUGGGUCUUGCUUUACCAACAUUCACUAUGAAAAAAAUCACUUAAUCCAAACAUGAGCAGUUAGUACCCAAAGUUUGCUGCACACACUCUACAUUUAGAUAACCAAGCAGGGAGCAUUUUUUCCUUGUUUGGCUUUUGCUGGUUGACUGAGGAACGGAGGGAGGGGGAGCGAUCAAACAAAUCAGAGAGCAGUUUUUUCUGGGCUUUGGUGGUUUAUUUUGGCUUCUGGAGGGCAAAAUUCCAUGGUCAGGUACGCAUUAGUAAUUCCCCCAUAGGAAUUAAUGGAAAUCAUGGACUCAUUAUGUGAACUCUAGCCUAAUGAACGAUUCCCAAGGAACGCAUUGCAGGUGAUCACCACUUGGGACUUAACCAUCCUGGAUUUCCUUUCGUUUCACAGUGCUACCUGAGAACUGUCUUGCCUGUGAUAUGAAAACACUGGCGCAACGUAUAGACUGUCUUGUGAAACAGUACGAGAGCUACUCUUUGAAGGGCCAUAGCAUCAAUGGCUCUUUCACCCUCCUGGAGAAUGCAGCUGAUACUGGGGGACUUGCCAUGGCUUACCAGGUACCAAAAUCUGAUAAUCAACAGAGCUUGCAGGUACUCCUCAGUCCUCACUUGCAGCCACCAUGCUGUUUUCCCUCUCCACGUAUCCUUGUUGCCACUGUCUCUUAGGUGGUCUUCUUCACAUCAUCCCACUAUGGUCCGCCUCAUUUCUUCUUUUAUAUCUUCUUGCUAAAUCCAUUUGAACUUACCUUUCUUAAUUGUUUACCCCACAGUGAAUAGGUAUUUGUGUUUCCACGCUUUCAUGGAUCAUAAUUUACCAUCUUAAGAGUGUUAGUGCCUGCUCUCAAUGAUGUUGUCCAUUAGCAUUUCGGCUAGAUGUUUCACCUUCAGCUUAAGAAAAACUGGGUGGGGAAAAUUUUCAUGCAGAGACAAAAUUUCACCCAAGUACAUGUGUUCAGUGGUUUGGGUACAAUGCUCUCUUGGAGUGAAAACUCCAUGUAAAAUACCAACUUCUUUGUAAUUUUGAAUUUAUGCAUGGUCAUUUUUAGUCUUUGUUUUUUAGAUCUUUUCCUGUUCUGUGGUGUAAAUUGCCUUAAGACUGUGUGGUCUAAGGCAGUACAUCGCUGUUGCUGGCAUCCGCCUGUCUUGAGAGACAAUGGAGUAUGCCUCCAGGGGUGAAGUCAAACUGCUGCCUAUACAGUCAUACAAGACAUACAGUGGUGAUGAUGAUGAUACAAAACGAAGAUUGAUUACACUGGGCAAGCUUAUAUGCAGAUGUAAUCAACAGAACCGUGCAAAAGGGAUGGAGCAGAGGAGAAAUGGAGAAUACCGUAUUUUUCGCCCUAUAGGACGCACUUUUCCCCCUCCAAAAAUCAAGGGGAAAUGUGUGUGCGUCCUAUGGGGUGAAUGCAGGCUUUCGCUGAAGCCUGGAGAGCGAGAGGGGUCGGUACGGCUCUCCGCAAGCCGUGGGAGCCCGGCGCGAAGUUGCGCCAGUCUCCCAAGGCUUCUGGAGAGCUGCCUGCAUCCCGAAGCCCGGGGCGCGCUGAGAAACGCGCUCCAGGCUUCGGGCAGCUCUCUGCAAACCUGGGGAGACCGACGCGACUUCCCGCGGGCUCCGUAGGCUUGUGGAUAGCAGCCUGUUCUGGGGGCUGGGGUCGGGGGAAGCUCGGGCUUCCCCUGCCCCAGCCCCGCGUCUGGGGGGGAAAUAAAUUUGUUUUCUUUAUUCCCCCCCCCAAAAAAAACCUAGGUGCUCCCUAUGGGGUGGUGCGCCCUAUGGGGCAAAAAAUACGGUAAACCUGUAAGACUUAGCAAACAGAGGGCUAUUUCUCACUCUGCCGAUGGGCACUCUCUCCCUUGGGGAAUGAGAGGUCAUAACAAGGGGCUCUGCAAUGAUGCUGGGACCUCAGAUCUUCCAUUUCCCACUGGGCAUCUUCCAGCCAGACCAGGGAAGAGCAGAGUGCAACUCAGAAGAUCCGGUGCCUUUCUGUUUAUGGCAGGUGUUCCCUCCAUAAAAGUCCCUACCGCUGCAACAGGUAGGGGAAGACGACAACCAGAAGGAUCAAGGAAAGAAGAGGCAGGAGCAAACCACUGCAGAGUUUCUUAGUGCAUUUCUCAGUAACCACUGAAGUUUUCUGGGUGUCCUAGUGCAAAGGAAGGUUUCCCAUUCAGAGGAUGCCGUUGGAAAGUCAUGCUUGAAAUAGGGAAAUGUAUUUUGAGAUUUGUAAUCGAGAGUUCUUUUCUCCCCUUUUGCCCACAGGCAUAUAAGAACUGGUUGGAAAAACACAGAGAGGUGAAGAAGUUACCUUGGCCUGAGGUCUCACACCACCAGCUCUUCUUCAUUAGCUUUGCCCAUGUAAUGUACCCUUUGCUACCUUUUCGCGUUUCCUCUGUUUUGCUCUGGCUGGCUUUUAGCUACAUCAGUCCCAUCUCAGCUCUCACAUCCUUACACAUUGCCUUCAUGCUUUUUGGAAGCAGGUGCAAAACUAUUUUUUUGUAGGGCAACAGCAGUUGCUCUUCAUUUCUCCUGGGCUUUUAAAACUGUUUUUGCUUGUAGUUUGAGAACAAUUAGAAGAGGCAGUAUAUCAUAUGAUAAAAAUAUUUUUUAAAAAAUAGUACAGCACACUAAAGUCAAAAAGGAAUCAAUUUCACUUGCUUUUCAUCUCUUUACUUAUUUGAGAGUCACUGCAUCAAAUGUAGUGGGGUUUACUUCUGAGUAAAUCUGCAUGGGAUUGGGAAUUCUAAUCUGAGGUAGUCAUUGUGAAAACUGAAGCAGGGUAAUCUUUAUUCCAGAUUAGUUAAUGUAAUACAGAAAACCUUUUGUCUGCCCAUUGUCAACUCUCACUGUUUCCACCACUUGCAUGAAGCUCCCCACAGAUUACUCUUGAAAAAAAUAUGGUCCUCGACAGAAAAAAGUUUGUCUACUUUGAACCCAUACAAGCCACUGGACCUAACAACAUUUAUACAUGGGUGUUUUCCACCAGUUUAGGUUUUGCUGCUCAGAGCUGGCUUAACAUCUUUUUAGUAAUGUUUGAAGCCUGACGAAAACCUGCACGACUUGUUUCUUUGACAAGAGACCAUGGUGGAGCAGAUAACUAAAACGAACAUGGACAAUUGCUAUAAUAACCACCCCAAAGAGUUGACAAUUAUUUGGGUGCUUCUCUCAAGGCUAGACUUUCCAUGUAAUGUAAAAGAAGACCUUCAUUCAUGCAGCUAUCAGGACCUAAAGGUCCUACUUUACGUUACAUGGAAAUUCCACAAGCCAAUUUGUUCUAGAAUAUGUGUGGUUCCGCUGCCCCCAAACUUUCUUUCCCACAACGAAAGCUGAGUGGAAACGUGACAUAAACAUGGAGGAGAAAUGACUCACUUGUUAACCAGAGGUCAAUUAUUCACACCCCUGUCUUCUCUGCAGGCAAUGUGUGGGCACCAGAGCCCCGAAGGACUGCAAAGCUUCUUGCACAGAGAUCCCCACAGCCCCCCGCCACUCCGUGUCCUUGGGUCCCUAAGCAACAGCGAAGAUUUCUCCAGGCACUUCCACUGUCUGAGUAAAUCACCAGUAAAUCCAGCUGUGAAGUGCCACAUCUGGUAAAAAGAAGAAGAUGCUGAAGAGCAUGUGGGACUGUUGGUGCAAAAAGAUGGAGACAGACACUGAGGGCUCAUGCGGAUUCAGUGGUGUCAGCGAUGUGCGCAGUAGCCACUUACCCCAAUUCCUUCCAUGUGCAAUGCCGCCCCUUCUUCCUCCGCUACGUCCAUCCAAGUGGUCAAGGUGGAAGAAGAUUCCAUCCUUCCAUCAAGAAGGAAGAGAAUACAGAGAAGAUACUGUGUUGCAAAAAAAUUGCUACUUUAAAAAAAUAAUAAUACCCUCAACGGCCUUAUGGACGACUUGGAACUGAGGAACUGAAGAUCAGUUGACAAGUCUCUGGUGACUGUGUUUAGUGGCUCUUUUCCAAUCAAAGAUGAAAAGAACAGUGAGAGACUUUCUGAAUAGUAUACCCCGUGCUAUUUUUCUAGAAAAAGAAGUGUCGGAACCGUGAACGCCUCCUUUGUUCUCUUAUAAUGGCUAUGGCGUCCACCUGAGAGGUUCUGGAACUGAGUUCUGCCAAGUUCUGGCUAAAAAAAAAAAGCCCUGACUAUAACCACAUGGAACAAUGAGACACUAAGAUUCAAUUCAUGUCAAACAUAGCUAACUGUAGUUUAGACACAAACCAUGACCUAGUUCUUGGUGCCACAGGACUUGUUGUUUUUGCUGUGAUAGACUGUCUACCCCUCUCAUUAAGGUGGUAAAUCUGUGUCUGUACUACUUCAGAAUGCAAGCAAGGGUUCAUGUGACUGCUUAUUCUCCAUACAAAAAUUUAUUUCCAUAUAGAAAACCAGAACAGAGUUCCAUCUUGCCUUCUCCUUUACACGCUAGUUUCAUAAAUUCUGGGAUUAUUCUAUAUUAAAGAGUAUUCCAUCAUCAAAGUCUGAAGUCGUACACUCAACACACAAGUUGACCACUUCAUUGAGAACUAGGCCUGCCAUGGUUUGAUCUUCUAAACCCCCAAAGGCAAGCCAUAGUUUAAAGUUGCUUAUUUGCUUUUGUCCCCUCAGCUUCAUAUGUCUUCCUUCACUUCCUUGGUGUAGUGACCAAAAAAUGGUGAUAGCUAUGGUUUUGUGAAUUUAGACUGCGCUAAACUAUAGUUAGGGAACACCAUGGUUUCCAAACCCACUUCAAACCAUGGUUUCUAACUCUGGUUUGCUGACUGUUAAUAAAUUACCAUCUGUCAAUUUAGACAUCGCACCAAAACCAUGAAAAGUUAAGGUUUGGUGUGAUGUUUGACUUGAACCUAGAUGAAUGUACAUUGUUUCCUAAAUGUGUUUUUAUUUUAUACUUUAUAUAUAUAUGAGAUACAGCCUUAAGAUUUUGUAUGUGUCAAAGGGAGUGAAAUUGUGUUGUCUUUAUUCCAUCAUCUGGAGGCCUAAUCAACAGGUUGUCACCUGGCCUGUGGUCCAUUAAAGAUCUAGCAAAUUUUAAUCAAGUUCAAACAAACAAAAGGCUCACAGUUUCACUUAAAGGGAAAAAUAGUCUUCAUGUAUAUUUCAUAUGGAUUCUAUUGCAUUGCCAACUCAUGUUCAUUCUGGGAAAAGGGAUGAUAUUGUUGCUAAUUUGCCUUCAAGGCAUUCUUUUAGGGAGCAAAUUAUUUAUUCAGCACCACAGCCAAAGAACAUCUG